AUAAAAUCAUGCUUUUCAUAAAAUUAGGUGACCCCUGAUUAUUUUCUUUAUAAGCAUGUAGAAUUUUCAUAAUAUAUUAAAAUUGUCCUAACGUAACGGUAGUAUGUAGUGAUGAAUAUUUCAUUAUGGGUACUUGUCAAAAUAUAGCACGUAGACUCUAAAACUUCUACGUUCAAACAACUUUCUGAUUUUUUAACAAUGAGUGAGAUAAAUAUGAGGGGUUGUAGUCGUACCAUUUUUUAUGAUCAUUUUUGUAUGGGGGUGUAUUUCUUCAAUUUACACGGUAGGAGUACAUUGUUCAAAUGUUUGUUACAGAAACUACAGUUUUCAUUUCCGAUUUCUGUUUAUACAACAAAAAAUACCCCGAAUUUCCGUCUUCCGCGUUGUUACAUAGCAAUCACUGUUGAACUGAUGUUUGAUGAAGAAAGAUGGUGUGUGUAAAAUUGUUAUUCUAUUGGAUAAUGUUGGAUUUGGUGAAGACUCAGACUGUCUUUCGAGAAACUAAACCAUGUGGUAAAAACAUUACCAAUGCUGGUGGUGAACUGGUCGUCCCUAAUCAAUCACCUUGUACGUGGCGGUUCAUCAGACCUAUUGGAGAGAAAAUUUACAUGAGUUUUACAAAAAAUCAGUCCAAUAGUUUUGAAAUUUCAGUAUUCAAUGACAUUGAAGAUAGAUCCAUAAUUUUCAACGAAUCAUAUUACAGUGGAAAUGGGGAUGUUGUUAUAUCUACCAACACAAGCAAAGUUCUAGUUUCUAUCAGAAUGUUUGUUUUGAAUGGAACAUCCGGGCUCGUGUUACGGUAUUAUAGCGAAGCAUCACCUGACAACAAGGGGAACAGAUUUGUCAUUCCUGGUGGAUCGCAUAUUGUUGUUUUCACGUACAACUCUCAGAAUGUCACCGUAAACAAUUAUUGUGAAUCAUUAGGCCUUCACACGUUUAACGUUUCCAUCGAUAGCUCGUAUUUGUUAAAUAUUGGAUAUAAAGGAGCUGAUCUACAAGCGAACGGCGAUAUAAUUGUGUAUUAUAAAUCAUUCGAACAUCGUCACAUUUGUGCGGUCAUGCCGUUUGAUGUGUUAGGAACAAAAUACAUGAUCAUUUUCACAAAUGUUAAUUCGAGAAUUACGGUAACGGGAGUGGGUAUAGCUACAACUGUGAACCUUACAUUUCCAGAAUGCUCAGGAAACUGUUCAUUGCCGUCUUGUGCAAGACAAGAUGUAUCUUUUCAAUUGCACCAACAAAUGAAAUGUCAACGUCAUAUUCAUUCCUGUCAAUGGGAUUUGACAGGAUCCAUUAUUACUAGUGACUUCCCUGUGUCUGUAAUGGUGAAUGACAAUGCCGAAAGUCUCAUGUUGCCACCUGUUAAUACUUGGGGUCGUAAAUUUAUUAUAGCAUCUUUUCCUGGUCAUUUUUUAAGAAGAUUUAUUUUAAAAAUUAUUUCAAAGGAAGCUAAUACAAAUGUGACCAUACGUUGUUAUAGACCAAACGCCACUUUAGUAAAAUAUGAUUUGUAUCUCAAUGAAAGCGGAGAUCAUAUAAAUCAAUCAAUUAGCGUAGACAGAAAUUGUUUGAUGCAAUCAAAUAAACCAGUUCUACCUUUGCAAUUUACGACAGGUUAUGCCGAAAAAAAGUUCAUCAUUCCACCUGUAGAACAAUAUUCCUCGGACUAUUUGCUACCUCCAGAAUUAUGUAAUAGUCAAUAUGGGCAUAAAUUGAGUUCCCUAGUAAUAAUAAGUGAGACCAAAUAUAUUGAUGGUUUAAGAAUGGAUGGCUUGUUUAUGAGUAAUUUGCAAAUACAAAAGAUAGGGGAAACAGGGUACAGCAGGGUAUUUGUCAAUACUAGUGUGCCGAAAUUACAUCGUUUACACCACACUGAGCCCAAUAUUGUUUUUGGAGCAUUCAUGGUCUGCUCGAUGCUAGGUGUUACUCCACUUGGGAGGAGAAUGGCAUCAAUAGCUGAGAAAUGUAAACCAACCUUAAGUAUACCUGGCGACGGUUUAGACAACGAUUGUGACGAGUUAAUUGAUGAGGACAAAUGUGAUACGAAUUCUGCAGAUGUUAACAGUAACAGUGAUUGUGCGGCCGCGUCCCAAGUAAUACUUCCGUGUCUCGGAUAUAUAGAUACCGAUGGAGUUGUAUGGAAGACCACCAUGCCAAAUAAUUAUGACUAUCAAACUUGUGUGAAGGGAUCGACAGGGCAAACUUCGAAUCUUUGUGAACUGAAAGAAGGACGAUACGGUGUUUGGAAGGGACCAGAUACUUCAUUCUGUGUCAGUGAAGCACUCAGUAUCAUUGCUGCCAAGUUGCAUCUUUCCUUGAAUGGUACAAGCAAUGUCACGUUAGCAGAUGUUCUUAAUGAAACACUGGGAGUUACUAAUACGCUGAUAUCAAAAGACAACUUCAAUGCAGGAAAUUUAAAGUCUGUAAUAGAUAGCUUAGAUUUAGUAGUGACCAUAAUUGAAGAACAGUCAUCUCUAGGAACAACAAAACGUGAAAGAGAAAACUUCGUAUCAGUUUUGGAUAAAUUACUAUCAGUUGUCAACGAGAAAAGCUGGAGAACGUUAAAAAGUAAAAUAAAAACAACUAAUUAUGUUUCGACCAUAAUGAAGGUUGUUACCAGAUUCGGAUUCCAAGUGAACGUUAAUCAAUCGGAAGAUGUAACACUGUUUCGAGAAAACAUAGUUUUAGAAGCUAAAAAAGCAUUUAUUGAUGACAUGAUUUUCCCAAAUGUCACCGUUCUGUCAAGGAAUUACCAACAGACGACGAACGCUUGGUUAUUUCUUAGUAAGGAUACUAUCAAGAAUAACCUCAAUGGAAGUAUUGAUUACACAGCUGUUUAUUACAGAACAUUGACGAAACUUCUACCGUCCACUUUUGGCUUGAAUAUAGGAUCUGACGUUGUUUCAUUUUCCUUACCAGCGUUUACAGCAGCAAAUAAUUUAUUUCCUCCUGUUCAAAUCGAGUAUGAACAUGUAUACAGUAACAAAACGAAUUCUACUUGUGUGUUCUGGGAUUUUGAUAAAGGCAUUGAUGGGACUUGGUCAACAGACGGGUGUUAUGCAGAAUACAGAAACACAAGUUACACCUCUUGUCGGUGUGACCAUUUCACCAAUUUUGCUGUGCUAAUGAGUGUUCAUGCAUUUUCCAAAGAAGACACUACUGCAUUCACUAUCAUAACAUGGCCUGGAUUAGUGGCGUCAAUUUUAUGUUUACUAAUCACCAUUUUUCUGCACCUUUAUUUUUGGAGGAAUGUGAAAUCAGAUAAAUCCAAGAUUCUAAUCUGCCUGUGUUCAGUGUUAGUGCUUGCAUAUAUCAUCUUGUUAGCUGGCUUAGAUCUAACAGAGGAUUCAUCUAUGUGUUCAGCGAUAGCUAUAGUCCUGCAUUACUUAUUUUUGUGUGCAUUGUGUCUGAUGGUCGCUGAAGGAAUAGACAUAGCUAUGUCAAUCUUAAUUGUAUUUUCACAAGGAAGAUCGAACGCAGGACUGUUGUUAUCACUUGGACUAGUGUUUCCACUUGUCAUUGUCGCGAUCUCGAUGGCAGCAACCCAGUUCAAAGGAUAUGGGACCGAACAGUAUUGUUGGUUGUCAGUCUCAAAUGGAUUGAUCUACGCCUUUCUAGUACCUUGCAUUAUUGCAGUCUUGACGAAUAUUAUAAUAAGUAUAUUAGUACUGAGAAAGAUGUUCUCAACAAAAGCAAUGAUGAAUAAAGACACCAAAGAAAAAGUAAGAGCUGGUGUUCGUAGCAUAGCUGUUCUAGCUCCAAUACUUGGACUGACGUGGCUUUUUGGCAUAUUAGCUUCUCAUAAAGACCUAAUUGUUUUUGCUUAUUUAUUCACAAUUUUUAACUCGUUUCAGGGUCUAUUAAUCUUUAUUUUUCACUGUCUAAUGAAUCCAAAAAUUCAGCAAGCAGUAAAACGUAAAUACAUCAGAUUCGUUCUAUAUCAUCCCUGGGCUGAGAUUAAAAGGAAAGAGAAGUUGGACGUGUCAACCGUGGAUACGGGUGUUUCCAAGACUACAAAACCUACAACAGGCACAGAGAGUACGACAGUUUGAACGUUAGAAAACUGGAAUUCGGAGAAUACACAACAGUUAUGGGAACACGCGUUCACAGGGUUGACUCUUGUAUUGUAAAUUGGAAAGUCAAAGCAACAGUUAUCCCAUUGCAUAAGAUGUUUAAUGUGUAUAACUAUAUUAAAUCAAAACUUCAUAUAACUUUUAUUUUGAAAUAUUAAUAUAUUAUAAUCAAUAGUUGUUCCAUUGUCUAUCGGCAAUCAUUUGCAUGAAUCGAAAUCAAGUUCUUCAAAGUUUAUUUUUUAAACAAUAAAAUCUGAGUGCCAGCCUUUUUAUACCUGAAUGAAGUAUAAAAAGCUUGUUAUUUUUCAUGUAGCUAUAAGAAAUACUUAUUUUAACGGGAAAACUUUCCGUUUAAACCGCAAAACCAAUGUGAAAAUGUUAUUGAAUUUAUAAACUGUUAGCUAAUAGAGAUAUUUGUGUAUCAAUAAUGGCGAUGGUAUUACUGUGAAAUAGUCUUAAUACUUUAUGAGAAAUGAAACAAAAAAAAAGGAAAAAAAGAUGCGAACAACAAUAUCGAAGCUUUAUUUUGAAAAUAUAUAUCACUUUUGUACAUAUUGUGUGAA